UUCAUACCAAUACCACCAUGGAGAGAAACUCAAGAAAUUCAGGUAGCCAUGGUGCCUCUUUCACGAACAACAUUUCUUUUCGACAAUGUGGGAAUACGGAAGUAUACCACAAACAUCAGAGAAGUCGGCGGAGUUCGAAAGUUCUAAAAUGGGACAAGGAUAACCUGACCUGGGGUGUUGUGAGAUACUCGACAAAAAUCAGACCUCUUUUUCAAUGGAGAACAUUCCAAAAAGCAUUCAGAAUAUGGGCUAGACAUUCCAAUCUACGAUUUAAAUAUUCUCACAGAAAACCAGAUAUAAAGAUUUUAUUUGCUAGACUGGAACAUGGUGAUGGUGAUUACAAUGCAUUUGAUGGUAGAGGAAAGCUUUUAGGACACGCCUUCCUACCUGCCAAUGGGGGAACCCAUUUUGAUGACGACGAACGAUGGACCUUAAAAGGUGGUAACUUUUCAUUUGACCAGAUUCAUUUACCCACAGUGGCACUUCAUGAAAUUGGACACGCACUUGGGCUAGAACAUAUUUCUCCUCGACUAGCAGUUAUGUCGCCAUAUUUUACAGCUGUGAAAAUGAAACUGACAUCUGAUGAUAUCGCUCAAUUACGGGAACUUUAUGAUCGUAGAAGACCAGUACCACAGAAGCGGAAGUUUAAAGAAACAUUUGUAACUUUAUCACCACCUACUACAGAGGAAGUGGACAAUGCAAUAGAUUCUUGCAAUGGGAUUCGUGAUCUUACAAGUGUGCCGAAUCGAAAUGGACGCAACGAACUUCAAAUUUUUGCCGGAAACUUAACGUUUAAAGUCAGUUCUUCCGGAAAGAAAAUCAAAUCCACCUUGUGGACUUCCGACAUCUACAGAGGCGUUCCUAGUGACGUUGAUGCCGCUAGUUUUUACAAAGAAACUGGGACACAAUAUUUCUUCAAAGGAAAAGAGGUUUGGAAAUUUCAAGAACAUCACAUAGUUGCAGGAUUUCCAAAGACUGUAAAAAUGCACAGAAUGUAUGAAACUCCUCGUGCAAGCGUCUCGGUUACUCUUUGGCAUUCUACCAGACUCUUUAUAUUUGGGAGCCACACCUAUUGGGAAUGGAACCCUGAAACAGAUGAUACCAGAACAAGGAAACCUAAACCUAUAUACAGGCAUUGGCGGGGUCUCCCGGACAACGUAGACGCAGCCAUUCAAUGGAGAGAUCGAUAUCUCUACUUCUUCAAAGAAGGACAAUACUACAAGGUUCACCCCAGCAGAAAAAUGGUCAUAUACGGUUACCCCAAACCAAUGCCUCCACCAUGGCUAAGAAGAUUUUGUCAAAAUAAGAAAAGCUAAUCAAAAGUUAUGAGAUCGUAAUGACUGUCAGAUUU